AUGUCGAAUCAGUCGAUGCCGGUAGCUUCAAGAACAAGAAGAAAGAGGGAAGCUCUGUUGUUUGAGGAGUAUCGUGAAAGCAAGCGGAGACAGAUACAGGAGGAGGUGGAGGAGCGCAAGGCCAAAACCAUUAUGGCUAUGCCCGAGUCCUCCACCAAGGACAAUAUAUCUUUGGCUUCUCAACAACGGACUGAUCAAAUGCAAAUUUUGAGUGAAGAAUCUGACAUUGAAUUAGAAGAGUGUAAACAAGAUGAAAAGGACCCUGAUCUUAUAUGCCUUGAUAGUUAUGAUGAUAUUGAUGAUGAUGAUGAUGAUGAGGAUGAUGGUGAUUCAAUGGAGGGUUCUGAUGAGGCUCUUACCUCUACAAGCGGAGAGGAUAAUGAUGAAUAUGAGGAUUUGGAUUAUUAUGGGGACGACUAUGGCGCCCGAGCUGUGGUUUUAGAUAAGCAAAGCCAUGCCAAUGCCAAAGCCAAAGCCAAAGCUGAAAAGGUUGAGUUCGUUUCUGAGCACGCUGGAAACAGUAAAAAGAAUUCAAAUGGGGUGGAUAUUUGCUUUGAUGAAGAUGUAAUUGAUGUUACAUCUUCCAAAACCAAGUCUACGCAUAAAAAGGGACGGCCAGCCUCAUCCAACAAACUUCACCUUCUUAAAAUUCUUGCGGAUUCUAUUUUGGACAAUGAAGACGCAGAUUCUAGUUCAUCGGGAGAGGAUAUCAAAGAAGAAACUGAGGACAACUCUUUGCCUCUGAAGUUCACUUUUGGGGUUGAGCCAACAACUACUCAUCAUGAGAAAACAGAAUUUGAGAAAGAAAUGGAUUCACUGUGGACUGAGAUGCAGUUUUCUCUUACGUCUUCUGAGAUUGGUUCAACCGAGCCUUCCCUGGUGGAAAUUGAGGAUGCUGAUAUAUCUGACGUUAAACAUGACAAAGCAACCCUAUGUAGUCUAGGGAAUCAUCAGCUUGUGCUAGACGAAGAAAUUGGAAUGAAAUGCAAAUUUUGCUCUUUUGUGCAACUGGAAAUCAAAUAUAUUUCACCACCUUUGAUGACACAGCCUUGUGGGAAAUUUGAGAGGCAACACUCUGGCGUUGUGGACUCUUCUAUAUUUGAUGGUCUUCAAUAUCAAGACCCUAACAAUGAUAUGCCUGGCUGUGAUCUCUCUGCUGAUAUCAAAGGCACAGUAUGGGAAAUCAUUCCGAACUUAAAAAGUAAACUUUACCCUCAUCAGCGUGAAGGUUUUGAAUUUAUUUGGAAUAAUAUAUCGGGAGGAAUUUAUCGUGAUAAGUCAAAAAACUCAUCCAACAGAUGUGGUGGAUGCAUUAUAUCUCAUGCUCCUGGGACAGGGAAAACCCUUCUAACUAUAGUCUUUCUUCAGACAUACUUAAAAGAAUAUCCAAGUUGCAGGCCAGUGAUUGUUGCUCCUAGCAGUAUGCUACUCACAUGGGAAGCAGAGUUUAGGAAGUGGGAGGUUGAUAUUCCUUUUCACAAUCUGAACAGUCAGGAUUUUUCUGGCAAGGAAAAAACAAAGGGAAUUGAUUUUUAUAAAAAAUUUGAGCAAGGUGUCACAUUCCCAGAUAGACCCCUUGCCCGGCGCCUGGUGAAACUGCUUUCCUGGAAAUCUGAUGGAGGCAUUUUGGGAAUCAGUUACAGACUUUUUGAGCAACUUGCUGGAAAGGAGAAUAAGGGGAAACAAAAAUGUUCAACUGUAGAUAAGCUUGUAAGUAAAAUCCUUCUUGAGCUUCCUGGUCUUUUUGUCCUUGAUGAAGGGCACACACCUAGGAAUGAUGAUACUCAUCUGUGGAAGGCUUUAUCAAGAAUUAAAACAGAAAGACGUAUCAUUCUCUCAGGAACUCCUUUCCAGAAUAAUUUUGAUGAGCUCUUCAACACACUCUGCUUAGUUAGACCAAAAUUUGUUGAAGGAAUCCAGUCUAGACAUCGAGAACAGGUUAACAAAAAGCGUGGUCAAAAAGGAAAUGAAGCAAAAUGGAAAUGGGACUCUUUGACUGGUUCCAUUGGCAAAGAUGUUGAUAAAAAUGAAGCGGAGAAACUGAGGGAGGUUAGAGCUGUGAUUAAGCCAUUUGUGCAUGUGCAUAAAGGCAGAAUUCUACAGACUACCCUUCCUGGUUUGAGGCAUUCUGUGGUUGCUUUACGGCCCUUUGAUCUGCAGAAGAAAAUCCUUGAGCGUGUUAAAGAAACAAAGAAUGCACUUUAUUUAGAUUAUUAUGUGUCCUUGAUCUCCAUCCAUCCCUCUUUGUUGCAGCAGGUAUCAGAUCAGAAAGACAUUAAUGAAAUUGUCAGCUCCAUUGUUAGAAUGGAUGAGUUAGAAAGGAUAAGACUGAAGCCUGAUAAAGGAGUUAAAACUAAAUUCCUCAUGGAGCUGCUUAAGCUUAGUGAAGCUCUGGAUGAAAAGGUCAUAGUUUUCAGUCAAUAUCUUGAACCAUUACACUUAAUAAUGGACCAGCUUAAAGAUUUUUUUAAAUGGAAGGAAGGGGAGGAGAUAUUGUUCAUGCAUGGAAAAUGUGAUAUAAAGCAGCGUCAGUGCUCAAUUAAUGUUUUUAAUGAUCCAGUGAGCAAAUCAAGGGUAUUGCUUGCAUCAACAAAGGCUUGUUCUGAAGGUAUAAAUCUUGUUGGAGGUUCAAGGGUGGUUUUGCUGGAUGUGACAUGGAACCCAUCCGUGGAAAGACAAGCUAUAAGCCGUGCAUAUAGGCUAGGGCAGAAAAGGGUUGUAUACAUUUACCACCUUAUCUCAUCUGGGACAAUGGAGGGAAUGAAAUGUUAUCGACAAGCUGGGAAGGAUCGGUUAUCUGAGUUAGUGUUCUCUUCUUCGGACAAAACUGUUGAUCAUCACAAGAAAGCCUGUAACGUUCUAGAGGAUAAAGUUUUGGAAGUGAUGGUCCAGCAUGAGAAGCUCAAGUCAAUAAAUUUUAUUUUAGAAGGGACUGAAGGAAUCCCAACUUCAGAAGUUGAUAGUGUUUUCUUAUUCUUCAUUCAGUUUGCUGAGAUCCGGAAUCCUAACCAUUUUGUUGGUCUAGCUGGUAAGCCAGAUAAAUGGACCAAAAUUAGUAGUGUAAGGCAGGCAUUAGACAUGUGUCCAAGGAAAGAGAAACACGAAGAAAUGAGUAUGGAACAAGGUUUUCUUGAACUUGCAGUCGGUCUUGUAAACAUAGAGCUGGAUUUUGAUUUUCAGAACAAUGAGAAAUACAUAAUUUUGAUUCAGACCUUUAUUUUUUGUGGAGAUAAGGUUGCAGUUGCAGCUACUGCUAGAGGUCGUCAUUUCAGAGGACCUUUUACCUGCUUAGAAAUUAUAGUGGAACUAUGCAUUGGUCAAAUGGGAAUCGUUGUGUACAUGACGCUACGUGUGGUUCAACUACAUCGAUACAAUCUAGAGCUACUCAGAUGGCUGAGGGUAUAUAUGGAUAAUCUGCGGAAUAGUGGUUUGAGAGAACCAAGGAGGGCCGCCGAUCAAUGCUGGACACCUCCAAGGGGUCUGGAGGUUAAAAUUAAUGUGGAUGCUGCUUAA